GGAAGAAAAAAAAAAUGGCAGGAUGAAAAUGAGAGAGAGGGAGAAAGAGAGGCUUAUGGUGCCAAAGCAAGGAUUCUGGCAUACGGGAGGUGUUUCAACUGUGCCAGAUAAGCUGAUAAAAUUCAUGCCCCCCACCCUUUUUUUUUUUCUUGUUUGAUUAUUUCCUCUUAGAUAAACUUAUUUUCCCAUGUUUUCCACGAGUUUAUUGUCUGCCCCUGAUUCUAUGGAAACUAAACAUCGUCUGCUAGCUAUUUCUUGAUAUGGAUGUAAAGAUUUGAUUGAAAGUAUUUCAUUGCUUUAAAGCGGGAUCCUAAAAAUCAAAGGUGUAAGCAAAGAGCCGACCACUAGGAUUUACUUUGAGUUUGAAAAUCUCCAGUAGCAUCUCCCAUGCGAGCAGAACAUAAACAAUGAGUAAUCAAAGAACAAGUUACCCUGGACUCACUGGAACCUCCUGACAUAUCAAAGUGUUAACAAGUUACCCUGAACCCACUAAGACCUCAUGCGGACAUCUACUCUACAACCAUCUUAUCGUAUCUGACUCCCACAGCAACUGUACUUUAUCAUUGACAUUCUUAUUGGUGCCCUCUCGCAUACUUGAAAGGGAAAAAAAACAACUUCUAUCCGAGCAACGGGUCUAGCUGCCCUUUUCUAUGUGUCAUCAUGGAGCAGCAGGGCAACCAUGCUUUGCGAGUCCUGGGCUGGGCGGAGUUCAGGGCCCACCCCUCAAGGCUCCACGCCAUGUUUACAAACAACAAGGCCGGCCAGCUGGUGUAUGACGUCAGACAAGUGAUCAACUUGACACAGUCCACAUCAAUUGAUGACGUCAAUGUUGCAGUUUAUAAGGAUAACAUUGUUUUGACCACCUCCACGAGUGACCAGCUGGCCAUGGUCCAGGACGUGUUCCUCAGGAGGAUGCUGCUGCUGAAGAUCACCAUCUACCACACGGAGAUCUCAAGCAAGUACAGCGUGGAGACAGUCAGGAUUGUGGAGGACGACUUUGCUGUGUUAUUGAAUGGUCAUCACCCGUCUGUACGGCCCCAGGUCAAGUCUGGAUUCCAUCUGGCCACUCGUUACGUCAACAAGAACCAGCGGUUUUGCCUGGAGCUGGACAUUAGUGACCUCCUGUUGGACUGGUACAUGGAAGUACGGGACGCCAUUACUAGCUGUGACGACAUCCACUCGCUCAAGUCCAAGCGGACCAGACUGUGCGUGACCAACCACUCGCUGUACAACCACGGGUUGGACUGUAGUCCCAAAUGGAUCCUUUUUCUCUGUGUCUGCUGGAUCCUGUAUGUUCCCUGUUAUCGAAUUUGGAGGAAGUUGACAUGUGCAGACAUCAGGGUUAAGUUGAAAUGUGACGUCACUUCCGCCACCUGCUAUAUUCACAAUGAGACAACAAGAAUGCAGCUGAAGGACAGUAAAAGGAAAUACGAUAGCGUAUGACGUCACCGCGGGAGACGCCUCGACGGACAUGUUAUUUCCACUAUUGAUUACAGAGCUGGAAGAAAGAAGCAGACGUGGACACCACGUGAUCUCCAGAAGGUCAAAAACUCGAGAAAUUAGAUCACAACUUUUAUUUUUUUCAAUCAUAGAAAUCUUGUGGCCAUUAAAGGUCAAUCCAUACUGAAGUAGAAAAGACACUCUUUUGUGGGUACAAAAAAAAAAGCACUGUCCCUUAAAGAACAAGUUUUAGAUCUAGUUGCCAAUUUUAUUUGUCCGUCAAACAAAAUUUUGGCGAAAUAUUUACAUCAAGUGCUAACGUAAGAUGAAUCUCUUUUAAGCUUGCUAACGUCAUAUAGAGGCAGUUUCUCGCUCUCGCCUGCUUUUCAGAGCACGAGAUUUCAACUAGUGUAAGACAAAAUAAUUUUAUUCACACAAUUUUUGUUUCUCGAUGCUAUGUUUUUUUUUUUCAACAUGAGUUUUUGUACGCUUUAAUUAAUGUAAUGGAGCUGAUCUACAUUGUAUGUAACAUAGCCCUCAGUGGCGUAGCUAGGAUGAGGAGAUGGGGGUCCAAAUUUCUAAAUCCCCCGGCCCCCACUUGAGAGGACCCCCAAAUGAGUGUCCGAAAUUUGCUUUUACGUUAAAUACUAUGCCAUUAUCUCGUGUCAUGGUGUUGAAUGUCAAACUGCAGCGGCCCCUAAAGAAGUCAAGCCUCCCGGGCCCCCAAAUCCAUAGCUACGCCACUGGUAGCCAUUCGUAAACUAUUUCUUUAGAACCAACGUAGUCUAGUUGGUAAAUAGUCGGAUGUUGUUUUAGCUUAAUUAUUUAUUGUUUCAAGACGAUAGUAAAAGUUUAAUUAUAAUUUUAAAAAUUGAUAAUGAAUGCAAGAAAGUGGGGGGGGGGGGGAGGCAGGUCAAUUUGUAGAACUAUGAGGCUCAGUUCCUUAAUCCAAUAUGAAACAUGUUAUUUGCUUUUUUUAGAUAACUCUAUCAACUUUAUUUUUUUUAAUUAGUCGAGGUUGUAAUGGUUUUUGUAUAUGUACACAAUGAUCAAAAUUUAAUGCCAUGUUUGUACACGAACUCAUGUCCUUGACGUUCAAGAUAAUUUUGUUUUUGUUUCUAGAAAAUGUUUAUUUUCAUGAUCAAGCAAUCAAUAUGUACAUUGUAAACUGUUGACAGCGCAAUC